AUGAAUCAGAAUAUUGUUAAGAUGGAAUACGCAGUGCGCGGUAUACUACCGAUACGAGCUAUGGAACUUGCUAGAGAAUUAAAACAGGGUGUCAAGAAACCAUUUGACAGUAUCAUAUUUGCAAAUAUUGGCGAUCCACAUGCAAUGGGACAGCAACCAACAACAUUUUUUAGACAAGUCGUAGCUUGCUGUGACUAUCCUGAACUAAUGAAUUAUAAUGUUUUCCCCAACGAUGUUAAAAGAAGAGCUUCCAAACUACUCAGUGGCAUUGGAGGUGGCGGCAUCGGCUCAUAUUCUGAUUCCCAAGGCCCUCUAAAAUUACGAGAAGAUGUUGCGCAAUCUAUAUCAGAUGGCAAACAUGAUUGUAAUCCUGAUGAUAUUUUCUUAUGCGCUGGAGCUACUGAUGGUAUUAAGUCAGUCUUGCAUCUGAUAGACUUUGGGCAAGGAAAAGAUAGAACUGGCGUUUUAACGCCGAUCCCUCAGUAUCCUCUAUACUCUGCCACUUUAACUGAAAUGAACCUAGUCCAGAUUAAAUAUUAUCUCGACGAAGAUAACGCCUGGGCUAUAAAUGUAGAUAGUGUGCAUUCUAUCGUGCAAAAAGCUAGAGAAAAAUGCACUCCACGAGCUCUUGUUGUUAUCAAUCCGGGAAAUCCAACAGGGCAGUGCUUUUCCAGACGAAAUGUCGAAGAUAUUGUUCGAUAUUGCUCCAAAGAAGGUUUGAUAAUAAUUGCUGACGAAGUUUAUCAGGAGAAUAUUUAUGCGAAAGGAAUGCAGUUUCACUCUUUCAGGAAAGUUGCAAACGAUAUUGGUUUAGGGCCCAAUGAUAUAACAAUUGCAUCCUUCUAUUCUGCAAGCAAAGGUUAUAUGGGAGAAUGCGGUUAUCGCGCUGGAUUUAUGGAAUUAUAUGGACUUGAUCCGGUAGUUAAAAAUCAAUUCAGAAAACACAGAACUGCUAACUUAUGCUCGAGUAAUGCAGGACAGGUAAUCAUGAAUUGCAUUGUUAAUCCUCCGAAACCUGGGGACGAGUCGUAUGAAUUAUUUGCAAAGGAACGUGAAAAUGUACUAAUGUCACUUACAGAUAAGGCAUCCAAGGUAUCGGAAGCCUUUAAUAGUAUCAAGGGAGUGAAAUGCAAUCGCAUUGAUGGAGCCAUGUAUGCCUUUCCUUCUAUCACCUUGCCUAAGAGAGCUAUUGAGGCAGCCAACUCGGCGAAAAUGGCACCUGAUACCUUUUUCUGUCUCGAUUUCUUGGAAAAUACCGGCAUCUGCGUAGUACCAGGAAGUGGGUUUGGACAACGAGAAGGAACUUAUCAUUUUAGAACUACGAUAUUACCAGACACGGAAAAGAUGCAGCGAUUUUUAGUUGCGUUUGAAGAUUUUUAUAAGAAAUUUGUCGCCAAAUAUACUGACUAA